AUGUAUAUACGAGACACUCAACUGUAACCGCUAACAAAAAUACGACAUUGCAGUUAAAAUAACGGUCACUGUGCGUUGGACUUCGCUGUGCAUUAUGGGCACGCGCUCCUCCCCACGUGCCUGCGUGGAGUCAACAUGGUACCGACACUAACUGACUUCAGCUGGGUUAGCAUUAGCCGGAGUUAAGACACUCCUUCUGCUCCUUCAACGCACCACAUUUCUGGGCUGAAGUGUGCAGGUUGGAUCUCUAAGAUCUGCUGCCGCUCCUCUCCUCUUUUAUCUCCUCUUCCCCUCCUCGCUCUGCUCACAUCAAUAUGGCCAGCGGGGAUGAUGAUGACCCCAUUAUAGAAGAGAUUGAUGUGUAUCUUGCCAAAAGCCUCGCAGAUAAGUUGUAUCUUUUUCAGUACCCUGUCCGACCCUCCACUAUGACCUACGAUGAUGUCAGCCACUUAACUGCUAAGAUCAAACCCAAACAGCAAAGGGUGGAGUUGGAAAUGGCCAUAAACACAAUGAGUCCCAACUACUGUCGCAGUAAAGGAGAGCAGAUCGCUCUGAAUGUGGAUGGCACCUCCUAUGAUGAAACCAACACAUAUUCAGUGAAAAUGAUGGACAAACAGACGUUCUCCUCCAUCCAGGCCACCACCAACACCUCCAGAUACGCUGCCGCUGUGUUCCGCAAAGGUGAGCUUCAUGUCACACCUCUGACGGGAAUCCUGCAGAUGAGACCCAGCUUCUCUUACCUGGACAAGGCCGACAACAAAACCAGAGAGAGGGAGGCAGCCAAUGAAGGUGGAGACUCCUCCCAGGAUGAAGCUGAGGAGGAAGCCAAAGCCAUUACGGUGAGGUUUGCUCGUCCCGAGUCGGAGCAGGCCCGGCAGAGGAGGAUCCAGUCGUACGAAUUCCUCCAGAAGAAGCAGGCAGAAGAGCCCUGGGUUCACCUGCACUACCACGGAGUCAAGGACAGCCGUUCAGAACAUGAAAAGCAGUACCUGUUCUGCCAGUCGGUGGACGCCUCAGAGAACUCUGAACUGGUCAAAACUCCUAAGGAGUAUCUCGCAAUGCUGAUGCCACCUCUUGCAGAAGAAAAAGUUGUGAGGCCUGUAGGUCCGAGUAAUGUGCUUUCAAUGGCUCAACUCCGCACUCUGCCGCUGGGCGAGCAAGUCAAGACCCUGAUGAAGAACGUCAAAGUGAUGCCAUUUGCGAACCUGAUGGGCUUGCUCGCCUCUGGUACCGACUCAACCGCAGUGCUGCGCUGCAUCCAGCAGGUGGCGCUGCUGGUUCAGGGAAACUGGGUUGUCAAAAGUGAUGUUCUGUAUCCUAAAAACACCUGCAGUCCUCACAGCGGCGUCCCUGCUGAAGUGCUCUGUCGUGGCCGGGACUUUGUGAUGUGGAGGUUCACUCUGGAACGCUCUUUGAUGAGAAAGGAGGUUACGUCCAUCAUCAAACUUCCUCCGGAGGACGUGAAGGAGUUCUUGGAGCAUGUGGCUGUGCCUCGGAUAAACCGGGGCUGGGAGUUCCUGUUGCCUACUGAUGAAGACUUCAUUAAGAAACACCCAGAUGUUGCCCACAGGCAACACAUGCUGUGGCUUGGCAUCCAGAGCAAGUUGGAAAAGGUCUUUAACUUCUCUAAAGAAGACUUCAUGCCAAAGAAUUCCCCUCAGCCUGAUGCUGUCCAUGUCAGCGGGGAGCAGCGCCUGAAGAUGGCUCAAGAUCGUGCACAGGAAAAACAGGCGUCCCUACAAAAGGAUCUGGACGCCAAACGAGCGGGAAGCAGCAUCCACAUCAAACAGGAACCAGUCAGUGACAGGGAAGACGAACCUAUGGACACCUCCUCUCCCCCGUCCUCCUCCAUCCCCAACGGUUCUAUCAAUGGUUACCCCAGCGCUACCUCCCCCAACUUCGAUCAUACUAACGGUAACGGAGGGAGUCCCACCAACACGCCUUCCCAGGAGCUGCAAAACUUUGUGAUCAAGACUUUCAGGAAGCAUUUUGUACUGACGCUGAAUGAGUUUAAGAGGCUAUUUAACCUCCACCUGGCUUCCAUGCCGGCGGGGCACGGUGUCUUUAACUCCAUCUCGGACCGCAUGCUACAGGACGCUGUACUGUCCUGCCAGUGCAAACAGAUAAUGGUGCCUUUUCCUACUCAGAGCACAGCAUCCCCCGAUGAACAGAAGGUGUUUGGUUUGUGGGAGACCGGAGAGGAAUUCGACAAGCACCGUCGGCUGCUGUUUGACCUGUUCACGAAGAACUACCGCGUUAGGAGGAACAUGGUACAAGCCAGACUGGCAGAGGAGUUUGGAGACGUCUCAAAGGCCGAGAUUGACCGGCUGCUCAAGGAGUGCUGCAGCAGCCACGCAGGGAUGUGGUACCUCAAGGGAACGAUACAGUCCUGACACUGAGAGCCUGCCACCCUGCGGUCACCGUCAGCCAAUCAAAUCCUCUCCCGGGUGUCCAGCUGGGAGGGCAGUCUAAGAGAUGAGAGCCAAUCACAGCUCGCCCAGCUCUGAGGUCGGGGCGAUCGGAGGACAAAGAUGUCAGCCGUCUGCUCAGAACACGAAGCUUUUUCCUCGUCUCAACUGAAGCAUUUCUGACAUUUAACACGAGCACUCUGAUGCAGCGCGGAGGAUAGAAACUCCUCUCACACUCACACUGACAGCUGGAGUGUGAGCGGAAACGAUGAAUAUUUAAAAAAAUAAAAUAAAAAUGAAGACAUAGCAAGUUACAUAUACGGUUUAUCAAUAGAUUUGGGAUUUCUGACUUCAUGUUUGAUGAACUUUAUUUUUGAAUUAAGCUUUUACCAGAGCAGGAUGGUGUUUACUAUUGAAAGCAGCUGCGGCUCAGACUGCUUUCAUUUUUCCUCCUGAUUUGUAAAAAAGAAAAAAAAUGUGUAUCACUUUUUAAGUUGUCACCAACGAAGCAAACGUUGUUUAAGGCCUUGUGCGUAGAAAACCUCAGAAGAAGCAAACCUGAUUUUCCCUUUUUCAUCCAUUAACUUUACAAAUAUGACUCAGUUAAGGCAUAUCAAAUGAAUACUGUAUUUAUUCCACCCUCAACACACAACGGCUUUAACGAUGGAUGCUGCAAGCGCUUAAUUAAAAUGUGAAGAGUCAACAUGAGAAGAGGGGGGAAAAAAAACCCAUCUAGUGAUGCAGAAACAAGCAAAAAGCCCUAAAUGUCACUAUGCUCGUGUUUAUAGAAAUUAAAUCACUUUAUGUUUGGCAAUCAUGGACCUGGAAACUGCUACAUCAAAUGUGGCUUUUUCUCACAUUUCUGUAUUAUUCAGUCUAAUGUGUAGUGAAAUAUAAAAUUUAAGAAGAAGUGGAUUAAAUGGCUUGAUGUUGAGGUUUGUUUUUUUCUCAGUUGAAUGUAAAAAGUUUCAAUUGGGUUUUUCUUUGAGAGAAACUAGAGUGACUUGAUUUCGAUCGCCAAAUAAAGAUGCAAUUUGGAGAAAAGUUGUCAUAUUUUUAUCAUAAAUCUGUCAGGAUUUAAUCCAUUAUAUUGUAAAAGGAAAAAGAAAGAAAGAAAGGAACCGGAACUGACUCGUUCAUUACUCAAAGUCAAUAGGUGGAUCGUGGGUGAUGGGGGAGGUGUUGCUAUGGAUACGUUGGUGUAUCGCCAUGUGCUGCUAUCUUGAGCCUCCAUCUAAAGUGCCUCUGCCUCACAAGGCAUUCAGGACAAACUCCCACCCGUUCAUAAACGCCAUUACAAAGACAGUAAUGCUUUGAUUCUCGUUGAAAUACUUCAAGAUGUUUAAGACCUUUAUGAGUGGAAAUGUAAAUAAAGGCUUAAUCAAUAAUGA